AUGGCUGAUGUGCUUGAAAGAAAAGUAAACGGCGGACAUAGUCAACUGCCUGCGGCAAAACCAAUUCCCAAUGCAUAUGUCGAGCUAUGGGUAGAUAACAGUCGUCAUCAGAGGUCAGAUUUUGAACGCACUCUAAGACCAAAGUGGGAAAAAAGUUUUCUCUUCCGUCUCAAAGCGCUACCUCAAACGCUUAAUAUCGCCGUUUUGGAUCAUAACAAGGCUCCUGGAAAAAAUACUCUAUUUACAUUCAAAAUGCCGUUGAACGACCUGGGUGACUUUGAUUCUAGGGAGGAAUCUGUGAUAGAUACGGGUGGAGUUACUGUCCUCGACUUCAUAGUGGUUACGAAGACUUCGACUAUUUGA